CCAUCCCGUGCCAAGACUUUCUCUGGAGCUUCGCCCUCAAGCAGACGCUGCCUCAAAUCUCAGUCUAAGGUCCCAAGCUCUGGACGUUAAACCCUUUGAGUAGCAGAGAGUUAGCUGGUUGGCAGCAAACUCGGCAGUUCCCUGACCGGGUGCGAGGGACACAGACAUGGCGGAGGAUCUGACCAAAGAGCAGGUGGAAGAGUUCAAGCAGGCCUUCUCGAUGUUUGACACUGAUGGGGACGGCACCAUCAACAUCCAGGAGCUGGGCCAGGUGAUGGAGGCCCUGGGCGAGAAUCUCUCGGAGGACCAGUUGAAGGCCCUCAUCGCCACGGUGGACACCGACGGCGACGGUGCCAUCGACUUCCAAGAGUUCCUGGCAGCCAUAGCCAAGAGGACGAAGGGCUGGAAUAGCGAGGAAAACUUGCAGGCGGUCUUCGGCGAGUUCGACAUCAAUGGCGACGGCCACAUCACCGUGGCUGAGCUCAAGCAGGCCAUGGGCAAGCUGGGUCUGAAGCUUUCCGAGGAGGAGGUGGACGGGAUGAUCCGCGAGGCCGACAUCGACCAAGACGGGCAGGUCAACUACGAGGAGUUCGUGAGCAUACUCACUGGGAAGUGAGUGCCGCCUGGCGCCCCCCUGCGCCCAGCCGCGCGACCCUGGAUCCUGCUCUCUUUCUGCUUUAGCCUGCCCGCUUGCUGCGUUCUCAGGGUCCCUGCUUUUGUGGCUGGACUAUAAAGGGAAAAGUCUGGGUUGGUGGAUGGGAAAUUACCUCAGAAGUGAGAAGGACUUUGCUGUCUUGCACCUGGAUUUUGCGCUGUCAGGGCUACUCGGGACCCUGCCCCCAUGAGACCUCAGACAAAGGCAGACCUCCCUGAGCCUGAUUUCUCCUUUCCGCCCCCGCAGGGAAAUGAGAAUGCUCCCUACCUCACAGGGCUGUUGUGAGGAGUCUCAAGUAAAUGUGAUGGUCUAAAUAAAAGGAAUGUGAAUUCCA